AUGUAUAAUAAUGGCUUGCAACAUUCCUCACACCACGAUUCCAACUCAUUCUCAGUCAGCAUAACAACAAACUCAUCUUACUCCAACCCAGCUCCAAUCAUCACCAACGCAGAGUGUUCAAACUACAUCAAGAAACAAAUAUUCUCAGCAGAAAUAUUCCAUGGGACCCCACUUAACAACGAGUACGAGCUAAUACCAUUCAACCAUUUCACUUACAACAGAGUGUACCCUAUCGAUUUGGGCUUGGGAAAAAGGGUUGUGGAGAAGCCCAUCGGCUUCAAGAGAAAAGAUUUGAUGGAGGCGUUAAUGAAAGCAUUGGAGUCGUUGAAUAAGAAUGUUACGGAGAAGAUAAAUAAGUACACUUUGGAUGAUUUCUUGGAGGGGUUGUAUAGAACGGAACCCACCACUGGGACUCAGUACGAGUUGUUCUUCAGGACUAAAGUUGUAAAUAAAAGUAGUGUUAGUGGUGGUUAUACGAAGAUUGUGUUGAUGAGGCCGUUCGCACCCAUACAGAGUAUCAAGACGGAAGCUUUAAUAGGACCAAAGGAUAAGGAGUUAAUACAGAUUAUUCUUCCGCUAUCAGGAAGAACGGCAACAUUCCAGAGCUUCAUGGAUAAGUUCGUCAAAAUCGGGCUGAAGAACGACAAAAAGGUUCAUCUAACUGUCGUGUAUUUUGGCGAGGAGGGUCUAUCAGAAGCGAGAUCCAUAAUGUCCAGGGUACUGAUGACGAAAAACAGCGGCGGCAACGCGAACAAUCUGCGCCUUCUAGCUCUGAACGAAACCUUCUCGCGCGCCAAGGGACUGCGCGUCGGUGCAGAACGAGUCUGGGAUUCCGACGGGACGAAUAAGAAAGACGUUCUGCUCUUCAUGUGCGACGUUGACGUGGUGUUUAGUGCGCGUUUUCUGGACAGAUGUCGCUGGAACACUAAACCCGGUAAGAAAGUGUACUACCCCGUUGUGUUCAGUUUGUACAACCCCCACGUGGUGUACACUUUGCAGGGGAAAGAGGUACCCCCUGAGAACGAUCAAUUGGUGAUUUCAAGAGAUACAGGGUCCUGGAGGGAUUUCGGUUAUGGCAUGACAUGUCAAUACAGAUCUGACUUCUUGAAAAUACGCGGUUUCGAUGAAGACAUAGUGGGCUGGGGCGGCGAGGACGUGAUGCUGUACCGGAAGUACGUCCGGAGCGGGAUGAAAGUAAUUCGCGCCACGGACCCCGGAAUUUUCCACAUCUGGCACCCGAAGGUAUGUUCUGGUGGUCCAGGAGGCCAAAAACUCUCAGCAGACCAAUACAGAGCCUGCAUUCGAUCUAGAGCGCUGAACGAGGCUUCGCACGCCCAGUUGGGCUUCCUGGCGUUUAGAGACGACAUUGCUGCCAACAGCAGUCCAGUUAAAUACCCCGCUCAUCCGCUGAAACCCCAUAGAGUAUCACCUAAGAAGAACAGACUGAAUCACUAAGGUUUGAAAAUGGGCUC